UAGACCGUACAGUCAGGAAGGAACCUGUGACGUAAGAGGCCAGGCAUCGUUCACCAUUCUGUGUGCGGACAGUCAAUAAACAGAUUCAGUAAAGUGUCAACAAACCUAAUUAUUUAACAUUUCGCAGCAUAUUCAGUAACAUUAUGGACUCCGCAUCGACGAUUGGGGAGUUCAUCCGCAAGCUCACUGAGAUGGGCUUUCGUGAAGAUCAGAUACAGGCUGCAAUGCAAGCGGGAUUCUUCUCUGUUCUGGAAGCUGCUGAAUGGAUUCUGCAGGGUGGAAGUCCACGGCACAAACUGGUCAAGCAGUCUUCAGGGCCUCCAGAGACGGCAUUCUCUGCGUUUAACCCUCCCAAAGAUGCCCGGCACACAAACAGCAGCUCACAGUCUAAUGCUACAGGUCCUUCUUUGGUUCUGGGACCCCCGUCUUCGAACACACCCGCAGCACAGGAACCACCACCUCUGGAAACACGAAUCAAACACGAUAAAAAUUAUUUCCAUGAGCAACAGAGGCAGCGAGUGGCGCAAGAAGCUUGUGCGGAGAAGAGACAGAAGAAACAGGAGCGUGAGUUGGUAUUAAAGAGGAUCGCAGAAGACAGGCGCAGCCAGCAGAUGAAGGCCCAAUCCCAACCCACACCCGAGACAUCUUCAUCCAGCGGACAGGGUCAGAGACUUGGUGGGUCUGUGGAGACGAGCAAAGACAACCAUUGCAUCCUCAUGAUCCGUCUUCCCUCUGGGGAAUCAAUGCGCGAACGUUUCCCUGCAGACACGCCCCUAAGCCACGUCGUCGAGUACAUCGCCGGUCGACAUCCUUCACUGCCCGCCUUCUCUCUCCUACAAGGAUUUCCUAGAAAGCGGUUCGGUGAAGCCGAACUUGCAUGUUCUCUUCGGUCUCUGGGACUCACCCCCAACGCUGCACUUUGCAUACAGACCACGCCUCCCGAGACGCCUCAGGAGCCGCCCAGUCCAGCUUCCCAAUUGCCUGUUGUAGAACAGGCAGUGGUGGAGCCACAAGAAGAACCGGUGAGACCACCUAUCGACCCACCCCAAGAGGAAGCACAGGAUGAAGAGGAACUGGUUGUGCCACCACCGUUGCCUCAUCAGCUAUGGGAGGAGGCAGUGGGGUAUGCUGGGAUUCCCGGGGUCGGACCUCCAUUUCCAGGACCUGCUCACUUUUGGGGACGAGGCCAGAAACUGGUACCAGGUGAUGUCGCAGAUGAAGAAGAACAUUUGGACAACGAGGAGCAACCAGAAGAUGAAGUUCUACCUCCUUAUCUCGAACUGCCGCCGUUGCCCUUGUUAAUGGACAACAGGGCCAGAGGAGGGCCAGAAGAGCCCAGACAUCACUGGCCUGAACAGGGUAAUAGACUCAGGGAGGCGGAGCCUGACGUCCCGGCAGACCCUGAGGAAGAGCGUGCAUUGCGCGGGGCAGCCGCAGUGGAGCGAUUACAGAGAGCCGCCCAUCACGAAGACCAGCAGUCACCGCAUGGACAGCCCUCACCCCCCAAAAAAUCCUUCAAGACCCCUCGAGUCUCUUCUCUCUGCUCCAUGGCGACCAGAGCAACCGUGGGUCUCAUGACAGCUCCCAGCAUGCAGUACAGCAGUAGCCUGGCGUGUCUGACACCAGAAUUAGCCGAACUCUUGUUGGAUCACAUGGCGAGCGAGCGCCUCCUCCGUCCACGCACACUCGAGCUGUUCUUUGGCUGCCCGAUGCAGAAGUUUGUCCUAAAUUGCUAUCCGUACACAACUAAUGAGUUGUUACGACAACUAAGGGCCUUUUCCUGUCUGAAACAUCUCAGCUUAGUCAACUCUCCUCUCAUUACAGAUGCUGGUCUUUCUGUACUGUCCAACCUCUCAAAACUCCAGCAUCUGAACCUGUCGUCCUGCAGCAAGCUAACAGACAGCUGUCUUCAGCAUAUCGCGGGGCUCCGCUGUCUGACGUUCUUAUCUCUGAAUCAGACUAAAGUAAGCGAUGCGGGAAUGUUGAUGUAUCUACAGUCAGGUUCCUCUGUCCUCUGCCAGCUGAGUUUGAAUCAGACAGCCAUCACUAACAGCACGCUAACAGUUCUGCCCGCGUGUGUACCGCAGCUACGGAUGCUAAGCAUCAAACACACUAAGGUAAGUGAUGUGUCUCCGCUGGCAGAGCUCAGAAACCUGCAGACGCUUCACCUUGACAGCACAGGUGUGCAGGAGAAUUCUCUCCGGUGCCUAGCAACCCAUCCCAGCCUAUCAGCUCUCAGCCUGGCCGGCAUACCUGCCGCUGAUGGAAAUCAUACGCUGGAAAUUAUUUCAGGACUGAGUCUUACUCAGUUGACCCUCCCUGGAAGACACUCGGUGACAGACAGUGGGCUUUUAUUUCUCUCCAAACAAACUUUACUCCUAGAGCUCGACCUGACAGACUACACUCAGCUCACAGACCACGGCAUUAUGAAGCUCGCCAACAUGACCAGGUUGAAGAAGCUGUCUCUUAGCAACACUCAGGUGAGUGAUGCUGGGCUACAGGGAUUGGUCAAUCUAAAGGAACUGCAGGAACUGUGUCUCGAUCGUACUGCCGUCACCAGCAGAGGUGUUGCGAACUUCGUCACACAUUUACCACAUCUACAGGUGAUGGGUUUGGCUAGCACACAGGUUGGUGAUACAGUGAUCAGACGAGGUUUAGUACACUGUCCACAACUACUUAAACUCAAUCUCAGCAAAACCAGAAUUACAGACCAAGGUCUCAAGUUCCUGUGUCGUAUGCACUUAAGUCAAGUGAAUUUGGAUGGGACCGGUGUGACUCUAGCUGGCAUCGCCAAUCUGAUCUCCGCCUGUCCUCAUCUGACCAGUGUCCGAGCGAGCCAUACCCGAGCCAUACCACCAGAUCAGCAGUCUGAUGAUGACGAUAUCGAGUAUGAUAACGGCGUCACCAAUGCAUCGCGAUCAUAGUCUUUUCACUUUAACAUCCUCUCUAGAUGAGAAACAUCUUUCAAUUUUUUGGUUUUUAUGAAGUAGCACUAAAAUCUCACUUGAGUUCGACAAUCAACUUGAAAUGCUUUGUUGAAUGUUAUUACUAAAAACCAAGUUUGGCAAUUUUAAGGUUGCUACAGUAUGCACAGUUGUAUAUUUUUUCUUAACAUUUAGCAUUUUUUUUUUCAAGGUCGUUCAAGAAAUGUUGACCACUUGUACUACAGUGAAAAUAAACAGACAUUGAGAAAGCGAAGCUUCAUAGCAGUUUAGUUUUUGCAUGACAAUAGCCGGUAUCUUUUGCAUGAGCAGUUUCAUUUUACAAGGAUGUCAUUUUGAAAUGUAUGAAAGUAAUAAUAGUUGAAUAAACGACACUUAGAUUUGAUGUAAAUAUAUUUUGGAUACAUGCAUCUGUUUGAUUGAUUGAUUUAAAAACUGGAAAGUCUUUUUAGACUUGUUUGCGAUGUUGCAAACUUGUGCGUUUAGAUCAGGGAUUACAAACCAAAGUGUGUGUUGUGCGCUUGGCACGUUACCGAAUCUAGCAGAAGAUUAAAUGUGUUUGUGUGCUCCAUUAGAAACGAUAUCUCCUACAUCUCUGUUCACGUUUGAUGUAUGUUUAGUACUGUAGUUUACAUUGUUGUCAAUAGUUAUCAUUAACCAAGUCUACAUUUCCAUCCGAUUACAAAACGGUCCUACUAAUAACAUUCGACUUUCAUGUUUUUUAAUGUUUGUUAAGCAGCUGACGCGGUGUAUUUAACCACAAAUAUAUUAAAGGGGUGAAAAUUCUGUCAUUAUUUAUUUACAGUUUCUUUAUUCUGUUAUACACGAAAGAAGAUAUUUAAAAAAGGUCAAUGGUUCUGUUAACUGUGUGCUAAGCAUUUAUUUUUCAAAAUAUCUUCUUUUGUGUUCAUCAGAAUAAAGAAACUCAUACAGGUUUAACGUGAGGAUCGGCAAAUGACAAAUUUUUCAUUUUUGGGUGCACUGUUCCCAAAUCUGGUGUUAAAAUGGUGCUUGGGAAACUAAACAAACAUGCAUAUCACAUCUUUGGCAUUUGACUGUUUUUGUUACUCAAGCAAGCAUCAAAAGCUUGUGUUAUGUAUUAAAGUUGUACCUUUAAACAUCUGAAUGCAAUAACGUUAAAAAAUACAAAAAUUACUACUUAACCAUAUCUGGAAAAAAGCCCUGCAUAAUACAAAUUUUUGUCAAUAACAAAAUCUUCAAGAUACGCACUGCACAAGGAUAUUCAAGUUUAUCCUUUUAAUUUUCAAGGCUUGCAGUCUUAAAAUAAAAACUUUGCUUCACGUGCAUGAACUUAAACUAAACUAAAAAAAAUCUUUUUUUGUUAGUUUCUUUCAUUUCACGAGCUCAAAUUCAUUUUAUUUUUCUGUUCUCUUUUGAUUGACAACAUAUAUCAGCAUGAACAUUGGUUGAUUUUAAACUAUCAGCUAAUAGUGUAAAAAAAAUGUUUUUAUUGUGCGAAAUUGGUUGAUAUAUGGUGAAUCUCUAUUUAUUUUCCAUAUGUGCACUCCUGCAUUGUUAUUUGGCUAACAUUAACCCAUUAAAUGCAUUAAAUUAGUGUUUAAAAAAUGUUUGUUCUGUACACCUGGACUUCAAAAUCUCAUUCCUGCAAGUAUACAACUAAUCUGCAAUCUGACAGCCUUGUGUAUUUAUGUGUCAUAAAGUGUAGUUUGAUGCAUGUUGUACGAUUCAUUCAGUCUGUUCAUGUACAGUUUAUUGUCUAGAAGGUAAGACUAUUUUUUACUUUACAGCAUUAAUAAAAUUACAUUUGACAAUG